GUUGCCUGCUGGCCCGAAGCGCCCCCUGAAUCGGUUUGGAUGAUUCGCGACCUGAGCAAGAUGUACCCGCAAAGCAGACACCCGGCACCCCAUCAGCCUGCUCAACCCUUCAAAUUCACCAUUUCUGAAUCCUGUGAUCGGAUUAAGGAGGAGUUUCAGUUUUUACAGGCUCAGUACCACAGUUUAAAACUGGAGUGUGAAAAACUGGCCAGUGAAAAGACAGAGAUGCAGCGGCAUUAUGUCAUGUAUUAUGAAAUGUCCUAUGGGUUGAAUAUAGAGAUGCAUAAACAGGCAGAAAUUGUCAAGAGGCUGAACGCUAUAUGUGCCCAGGUUAUACCCUUCUUAUCCCAGGAGCACCAGCAACAAGUGGUGCAGGCUGUGGAACGUGCCAAACAAGUGACCAUGGCAGAACUGAACGCAAUCAUUGGGCAGCAGCAACUCCAGGCCCAGCAUUUAUCACAUGGCCAUGGUCUCCCAGUGCCUCUCACUCCACACCCUUCAGGAUUGCAACCACCAGCCAUCCCACCCAUCGGCAGCAGUGCUGGCCUUCUAGCCUUGUCAAGCGCCCUCGGGGGACAGUCCCACCUACCCAUUAAAGAUGAAAAGAAGCAUCAUGAUAACGAUCACCAAAGAGACAGAGACUCUAUAAAGAGCUCAUCUGUGUCUCCCUCAGCCAGUUUCAGAGCUUCUGAGAAACAUAGAAACUCAACAGACUACUCCUCUGACAGUAAAAAACAGAAAACAGAGGAAAAAGAAAUAGCAACUCGUUAUGACAGUGAUGGCGAGAAGAGUGAUGACAACUUGGUGGUUGAUGUUUCCAAUGAGGAUCCUUCCUCUCCACGAGGAAGCCCAGCACAUUCUCCAAGGGAGAAUGGCUUGGACAAGACUCGUCUACUCAAGAAAGAUGCACCAAUUAGCCCAGCCUCUAUAGCAUCUUCCAGCAGCACUCCAUCCUCCAAAUCCAAAGAACUUAGCCUUAAUGAAAAAUCCACAACCCCUGUUUCUAAAUCAAGUACUCCCACUCCGCGGACUGAUGCUCCUACUCCAGGCAGUAAUUCUACACCUGGAUUGAGGCCUGUACCUGGCAAGCCCCCAGGAGUGGACCCAUUAGCUUCAGGCCUAAGAACACCCAUGGCAGUACCUUGUCCUUACCCUGCCCCAUUUGGAAUAGUACCACAUGCUGGAAUGAAUGGUGAGCUGACUAGCCCCGGAGCUGCAUACGCUGGCCUGCAUAACAUCUCUCCUCAAAUGAGUGCAGCAGCCGCUGCGGCGGCAGCAGCUGCAGCUUAUGGGAGGUCUCCUGUGGUUGGUUUUGAUCCACAUCAUCAUAUGCGAGUCCCAGGCAUCCCUCCGAACCUGACAGGCAUCCCAGGAGGAAAACCAGCUUACUCGUUUCAUGUUAGUGCUGAUGGUCAAAUGCAGCCUGUACCUUUCCCUCCGGAUGCCCUUAUUGGACCAGGGAUCCCGCGCCAUGCUCGGCAGAUUAACACCUUGAACCAUGGGGAAGUGGUAUGUGCAGUGACCAUCAGCAAUCCUACAAGACAUGUGUAUACUGGUGGGAAAGGCUGUGUCAAGGUCUGGGAUAUCAGCCAUCCAGGGAACAAAAGCCCUGUGUCUCAGCUGGAUUGUCUGAACAGAGAUAACUACAUCCGCUCCUGCAGAUUGCUCCCAGACGGCCGCACCCUGAUUGUCGGUGGGGAAGCCAGCACGUUAUCCAUUUGGGACCUGGCAGCUCCAACUCCACGUAUCAAAGCGGAACUGACGUCCUCCGCUCCUGCCUGCUAUGCUCUAGCAAUCAGCCCUGACUCCAAGGUCUGCUUCUCCUGCUGCAGUGAUGGGAACAUUGCUGUGUGGGAUCUGCACAAUCAGACUCUAGUUAGGCAAUUCCAGGGCCAUACAGAUGGAGCCAGCUGCAUUGACAUUUCGAAUGAUGGCACUAAGCUCUGGACAGGAGGCCUGGACAAUACAGUGAGGUCCUGGGAUCUGAGGGAAGGAAGACAGCUACAGCAGCAUGACUUCACAUCACAGAUCUUCUCAUUGGGUUAUUGCCCAACUGGAGAAUGGUUGGCUGUAGGGAUGGAGAACAGCAAUGUUGAGGUCCUGCAUGUCACUAAACCGGACAAGUAUCAGUUGCAUCUUCAUGAGAGUUGCGUGUUGUCUCUGAAAUUUGCUCACUGUGGCAAAUGGUUUGUAAGCACUGGAAAAGAUAAUCUUCUGAAUGCAUGGAGAACACCUUAUGGAGCAAGUAUAUUUCAGUCCAAAGAGUCCUCUUCUGUGCUUAGCUGCGAUAUCUCUGUGGAUGACAAAUACAUUGUCACUGGCUCUGGGGACAAGAAGGCUACAGUCUAUGAAGUUAUUUAUUAGAGACAAAUCUGAAUGAAAAUCGUACUCCUCCUUGUAGCACUUUGCUGUAUAUUACUUUUCUCUCUCCUUCACAAACCGAGGACUGAAAAUGUUCAUCAUAAACCUGGAAUUUCCCCCGCCAAACUUGCUGUUUAGUAGCAAAUACUUAUUAAGAACUUAUAAUACCAAAUCUCCAGUAAUCUACUUGGAAGAAGAUGGAAUAAGCAUACUUAACAGGGAACUGACUCUUUUAACUGUGUAUUAUAGCUGUAAUGUAUUUAUUUUGUUUAAAAGAAAUCUUUCUAACAAGGAACUGACUAAAUAAAGUAGUCUGCUUCUGCCUUGGAUUUAAAGCAAGAAGUACAAUAACCUGUCUCAAAGAAUCACCUUCAUCCCUCCUGGACAUUUUUGCCACAUUUCUUUGAAAAGGGAGAUGUGUGUCUUUGGGCAAUUUUGCAGUUACAAAGAUUACAGAAAAAUAUUUGAUAUAUUCAUUGGAAAUGGCACUGAGAAGGGAAUGGAUUUCUACAAGUGUACAAACUAUAAAAGCGGGGACCUUAGAGGUAGGAUUUAGAAGAGCACUCAUUCUGAAGUGCGGAACAGAAUGGAUUUUCACUUGGGAGAAGGACUUGCUUUAUUUACCGCCAGUUCUAUCCAAGUCUUAGUUGAACGUCCCUGAAACGGACUCAGGCUGAGCCAUUGUGCCAGAAACAUUGUGUUAUCUUUUUAUGUUGUUGUUGUUGCUGUUAAACUAUGACCUGUGACAUAUUUUUUUUUGAAUGCUUUAAAAAAAUCUUUUAAGUCUGUGGAUCUGCUGAUGUACAGUGCCUUUGCUGCUAUGGAUCAAAAUCAAAAGAACUGUGUAGAUAAACCUUUAUUGUGUAACUAGAAAAUUACUUAAUUUCAUACUAGAAAUGGGUUAAUGCUGCAAGUUGAAAUGGACUGUUCAUUGAAGUUCCAAAUGUGGUAGCAAAACAAUUGUGUUUUAAGUGCUCAGUGUUUGAUGUCAUUAACAGUUUCGUAAUACUCUACAGUGUAGAAAGAUUUUGAUACUAAACUGUGUCCUUGUACAUAGUUCUACUGCAUUGUAUUGACCACAAGUACUUCUAUAAUGGUAGAUUAUUGUUUGUGCAUUCAAACUUUUAAGCAUUAAACAUAAGUAACUUGUAAAA